AGUUUCCCCUCUGGAAACCGUUUGCUUUGAUGCGAUCUUUUCCCAGUAUAAAUGCUUAGCUGGCCUACUUACAAGCUCUUAAAAUGUCGGUUGAACUUCUUUUCAGGAAUUCCUACUAUUAGAGAAGGCAAGGUCAGCAGCACAGUCUCCGGUCGCCAACCGCUUUUCGAAAGGUUCGUCGUCAUCCAACGAUUUACAUUUACUGUUUCUUGAUUCUCUGGCUCCAUCCAGUCAGACUUGAUAUGGCAAACGACGAGAGGCCAAGGCCUCAAAUUCUCCUCAUCUCGCUCAAUUUACAACCAUACUUCGAUGAAAUAUAUAGGUCCCUGCUCACGGAGCUCGGAACGAAGGGGAAACUUCAUCGAGUAAAGAAGGCAGAUACGGCUAUCCGUUUAUUGUCCGAAAAUCCCCGACCUUCUGCGGUUCUUAUAACCGACGAGGCUCUGACUGAUCAGAAGAAUGCCCACGUCUGGGAGGCGGUCCUACAGUAUGUGCGCCAGGGAGGCACGGCAGUAGCAAUGGGCCAGUUCAGUUCAUUCGUCAAGCCGAAUAAAAUGAAACCGUUCUUCUCGAAGGCAGGCUUGCCUUGGGAAUCUGGGUCCUACCACCGAACAACACUUGUGCUUAAUCAGGAGGUCGUAGGCGACGUGUUAGCUGCAAAGCUUGUUUCACGGUAUAGCCAAAAGGCGCUUUUUGUGAAGCCUGUAGCAUUCGAGGAUGCUUGGUAUCAGACUAACGAGAAUUCUGUUCAUGAAUCUCAUGUCUUUGCUCCUACCAGUGUCAACAAUGAGGGUGAAACUGCGGUCGCACUUGCACGUGUUGGAGAGGGGAAGCUUGGUUAUCUUGGUGACGUGAAUGCCGAGAAGGGCUCAGAGGCUGUCAUUCUUGCCAUGUGUGGACUUUAACAAUGUCGAAACUUGAGGUUGUCGGCUAUAAGAUAUCGUAUGUAUGCUUCGAGGGGUGAAGGGAAGCGUAGUUUAGUCUACAGAGUUACAGUCCGAAGUAGACAACGGACCAUAAGAACAAAUCCGCCAACCCGCUAAUUUAAUUAAUGUGUAAAAG